AUGGUGCGUCAGCUCCACGAUGGCAUGGUGGCGCGCGUCACGGACAAUGGAGCUGUCACAGAGGCAUUCGCAAUGGUCAAUAGAAGGAAGCAAGGCUGCGUCCUCGUGCCUACCCUCUUCAGUCUCAUUUUCUCUGCUAUGCUGAUGGACGCCUACCGUGACGAACUCUCGGGAUCCGCAUCGCCUACAGGACGGUUGGUCUACUGCUCAACCACCGGAGGAUACACUUUCAAUCGCGUGUUUCCACAACCACCGUCCACGGACUUCUGUCGACCGAUGACUGCUUCCUGAAAACCACCUCAGAAGGGCAAUUGCCGAGGGGUAUGGAGCUCUUCUCCGCCACCUGCGAGAACUUCGGGCUAAUUAUCAACACUGAGUAGACGGCGGUCAUUCACCAACCGCCACCCAAAACGGCCCACAAUGCGCCGCAAAUCAUCAUGAACAGAACCCAACGGCAGGUGGUGCACAAUUUCGCGUAUCUGGGCUGUACCCCCUCCCGCAGCAACAAGAUCUACGACAACGUGGUCCGCCGGAUUUCCAAGGCUAUUCAAGUCUUCGGUGGUCUUCAAAACACAGUUUGGAAUCGUCAGGGUCUCCAGGUCAGCACGGAAGUGGAGAAACACAAGGCCGUCGUCCUGCCGACGUUGCUGUUUGAAGCAGAGACCUUGACGGUGCACAUAAAACAGGCUCGCGGAAUGAAUCAACCCCACCUCAGUUGACUUUGCUGAAUACUGAAGAUGGUGUGACAGGACCGAAUCCCCACCACUGACGUAUUGGUGCGGACAGAAAUCCUUAGCAUCUACGCCAUGCUGAGACAACUGCAACUGCGUUGGAUCGAACAUCUCGUGCGGAUGGACGACAAGCGGCUACCAAAACGACUCUUCUAAGAUUAUGUCACUACGGAUUCACGCCGAAGAGGAAGUCAAGUCUGGCGCUAUAAGGAUACUCCGCAAACCUUCCUGAAGCGUCUGCAGAUCAAUCCGGCAAACUGGGGAGACCUCGCCCGAGACCGACCUACGUGGAGAAGGACAGUGAAGACAAGAGGAGCAAUCUACGAGACAAACAUCGUCGUCGGCGCGAAAGUCAAACAAGAAGCAGGCAAGUCUCAUCUGCGCCCACCCCACAACGCCAACUCCCAAACGCCCCCAACGUGUCCACGGUGACAGCGGACAUUCCGGGCUUCAAGUGGACCUGUUGGACACUUUCGGGUCAAUUGCAGCACUCGGGCUGCACCGACCGUCGGCUCUUCGUCCACCACUUCUUCACCAUCUACGCCGUCAACUAACUCUGACCGCCCUCCCGAACCACCACUUCCGUUCCCAUCAUCCUCCUCCUCUUCUUCCCCCAAUGCCUCAACGUCUGCCGCUGUGACGUCUGCAACGCACGUAGACACUACGCACAACCCUGACGCACAACAGACACCAACACCACCACCGUCGACACCAGUGGUGAGGACCUGA